AUGGCCUCGCCGGUCUCGCCUCCAAAGCGUCCGGCGAAGCGCCAGAUGGUUCCCUUGACCGAGGGCAUGGCAUCACCUCUGCGACCAAAGGCUGAUCCAGUCAUCGAGAAGGCCCUUCAGCUUUCGACCUUUGAGUCCAACUAUUCCACCGAGGAUUUUAUCGGGACUCUCAGUGAGAAUGUCGUCGCGGAGAGCAAAGCCAGCUCUGGUCCAUUUGAUCCUCGACCAUUCAUCUCCGUCUUUUCCCCAGCAUUAGAUUCGUUGCUGAGUUUAAGGCAACAAGUUGCUGAGCGGACGCGAAAAAUGGAAAGCGAUGUGAGGAGAGCAGAAAGAGAGUAUGGAAAGAGGCUGAGAGAACUCGACGGAGGAUUCGAGGCCAUUGGGAGCUCUUUCUCUAAUCUUGAGAGCAAAAUCACCGACGUCAGCCGAACGGCUGUUCGCAUAGGUGAACAGCUGGACGCCCUUCAUCAAACUCGAUCCACGGCUCAGUCUACGUCCCUUUUGGUAUCCUACUACCUUGCCCUCGUUCAUCAUACCUCAUACACACAUGAAGCGGGGGACCCCAAGGCACCCGCACAUCCACUCGAAGCUCUGUUCGAGACCCGGACAUCUCGCGAAGGUCGGACGAGGCUCUCCAUCAUUCUCAGAAGGCUCAUGGCUGUGGCGAAAGAUAUGGCGGACAAUGCAGCGACUGCCGUUUCCGAAGCUGAAGGCGCUAAAGAGGGAGAAUCCAUACCUGCCAAACGGAUAGGCAGGCUGAGAUCCGAAAAGGAAAAGGCAGAGAGAGUUCGAGACGAGGUGGAGAGAUACUGCGAGCGGUUUGAGAAGGAAGUUUUGAGGUUGUUCGACAGAAGCUACAGAAAAGGUGAUCCAAGGAUGAUGGCGCACUGCGCCAGAACCCUGCAGGAUUUUAAUGGAGGUGCAUCUUGCGUUCAGAUCUAUGUCAAUCAACAUGACUUUUUCAUGUCGAAGGAUCGGGUACUGGAAGAGGCGGAGAAGCAGAAAGGGAAGGCGAACGGGGAUUAUGUGGACAUCUGGGAGACCAUUGGGGAUCCCGAUGCAUCCGCGCCUCUCACUGAACCUGGCACGAAGGCUCUGUUCAAAGAAAUCAGAAUCACAGUCAGUCAAGAAGCUCAGAUUGUGAAGGCUGUAUUCCCCGACCCCAUUUCCGUAAUGAAGGUUUUCAUUCAAAGAGUAUUUGCUCAGGUCGUCGAGCAACACCUCGAGGCCCUUGUGUCUCGUGCCACUGCUAUUUCGACUCUCGCCGUUCUUCGAGUACUGAACGUUACUCAUUCCCUAUGCUCUGCUCUGGUAGAAGAUCUCAAGGCCUAUGACGCUGCCCUCUUCGACCCCGCAUCUCGGAUCGCAUCCACAACGACGGGAACAGUCUCAGCCAUGUUAGAUCAUGUGAUCGAGGGGAUGUUUGUACCCUGGUUAGAGGGGCAGAAAUACAUGGAGAGCGAGAGCAAGAACUUGGUCGAGUUGUAUGCUGGAUUACUGAGUCGUUUUACCCGGUAUCACGAGACCGUCCUCAAGGCCAAGCCAAAUUCUCUCCUGGACAAGGUCGUGCAUCAACUGUCUAGCAGUAAUUCGAAGGAUGGGGCCUCGUCCACGGCGUCCGCGGCCGCUGCUGCCAUCUCGAAAUACGCCAAUGUGUUCACUUCCUCCGCCACAUCCUACGGUCAAGCAGCCGCAGCUCGCGUUGCCUCUCCAGCAAUGGGUGCCAGUCCCAAGAACGUCACUUCGCCAAUGAUGAACAAGACGGCAGUCCCGCCCCAUCUAACCAUCUCCAUCAACACUCCCAGCCGACCGUCAUCUCCGGCUCUUAAUUCGGGUGCCAUGAGUCCGAUUGGGAGACCUGGUCUGUCGCGUAAUAAUAGUGUUCGAGGUGAUCUAGUGAAUAAGGGAUUAGAGGAGAAGGUCUGGGCGACGGAUGGUGUGCUUACGCUGGCUAUGGCGGAACGCAUGCUGAAAUGGCAUGCGGAGGCCGUUGGGCGAGUGGUAGAAUUAUGUCCGGCGAGCGAUGUUGCUAAGAACGCGUUUGCGCUGUUCAAAGUUCUAGCUGAGGCGAUCUGUCGCUCUUUGAUCGAGACCGCUCUGGAUUCCGCUGUGGCACUACUUGAAAACCAAGACAGCAAAGCGGAACCGGACCUCACUGUCAUGGGUGUGCUUAAGCCCGCCGACCUGAUAUGCCAAGUCUGGCAACGGUACACGACAACGGCAUUGUUCCCCUUGACGGCAUCUUCAGCUGUGAUUCGGAGAGAGAUGGGUCAGUCCAAUACACAUCAUAUCGUCAGGCUAGAGGGCAAGAUCAACAGCGUGAUCCAAAAGUCUCUAGACAGCAUGAUGACUUGGUUGAGUUUCCUUUUGACCAAACAGAAGAAAAACGAUUACAAGCCGAAAGAUGACGAUCUGUCUUUCGCUCGAACUAUCACGGAGCCUUGCGAAUUGUCUUGUCAAUUCCUGGAAACAGUCAAAGAUGCCGCUUUUGAAGGCUUGAGCGGGAAAAACAUCGAGUCGUUCUUGAUGGAGGUUGGAGUCGCGUUUCAUGCUCUUCUCCUUGAGCACUACAAAAAGUUCCCCGUCAAUCCUACGGGUGGUCUGAUGCUCACAAAGGAUCUUGCAUCGUAUCAAGAGGUCAUUGCGACAUUUGGCCUUCCGGCUCUCAACUAUCGAUUCGAGAUGCUCAGACAACUUGGCAACUCGUUCAUCGUCCAGCCCAAUGUCCUCAAGUCGUAUCUUACUGAAGGGCACCUAGGUCGAAUCGAAUCCCGACUUCUUCGACCUUACCUUGCCCAGCGAUCCGAUUGGAAUAGUUUCAACAAGACAUUAGUUCUAGAUGACGGUCUUCCUGCGGCUGCACCCGGACCAGAGACGCAGACCUCGCAAACCAAUGGUAACGGCAUCUAUGGAGCAAGUGGGUCAGGAACAGGAUCGGGAAAUGCCAAUCGAGGCAUGUUCAAAGGUUCCAGAUUCAGUGCCAUGUCUGGAGUGGCCGGUGCGGGAAUGGGCAAAUUGAAAGAAUUGCUCAAGGAAUUUGAGGCGUACACGCCUGAAGAAUUAGAGGCUAUUCGAAAGAGUGAAGCUGAACGAGCGGCUAGACUCAAAGCGAAUCCAGAGCUGGCGAGGAGUCAAGCCUUAUUUGCAUCGCAGCAACCUGUAUAUUUCGGAUUGCACUAG